AUGGCGAGUGCUGCGGUGGCUCGCACGGCGGCCGCGGCGCAGGCGCAGCGCGCGCACCACGACGCGCUGCGCGCGGAGAUCGACGCGCGGGACGACGCCUUCCGCGCCGCCGUGCAGCGCGCGCAGCAGCUGCUCGACGACGGACACCCCGCCGCCCAGGAGAUCUCGGAGAAGUGCGAAGCGCUGCUGGAAGAGCGCGCAGCGCUGCACGAAGCCUGGGCUGCACGCCAGGUGGCGCUGGACCAGCUGCACGACCUACACUGCUUCCUGCGCGACAGCAAACAGCUGCACGAGCUGUGCGCUGCACAGCAGUUUACCCUUCCUGGCCUCCGCCCCUCUCCCUGA